CUCUGAAAGAACAAAGCAAUGCUUUGGCGAAGCAACAUAGAGCGCCAGAUCCUCUCACAUUCCCUGAACUGAACCUGCUGGGAGGACCCCGUGUUCGCCCGGCUACAGGCACGGAUUCCAAACGAGAGAUGCGUAACAGACUUCUUGGGGGCCCUAGUGUGUUGACGGAAUUGCGACUCAAGAGGGAAGCUGCUGAGAGGGCGGCUGCUCUUGACUCAGCCCGUAAGCAUUCUUUUGGCUCCGAUACAAGUUCUGACGAGAACAACGACGACAAGCCCUCCGGUCAAGGCGGUGCAGUAGACAAGAGAGACAUAAAGAAACUCAAAUCGUCGACGAGCCCACCUAUACAGUCUGACGACGAUGGAAAGCGCUUACUUGCAUCGCUGAACGACAUCAUAAAUGGAGCAACCGUUUCAGGUGGGACGACCUCAAAACGCAAACGUAGUGCAGAUAGCGGCGACGAAGAGAACAUGGCGGAUACUGAGGCAUACUUGGACGAGAAAAAUGUGAAGACCGCAAAGGAAUCUGGUGGCGAGGUCAUCGACGACGGGAACGUGGAACCGCGUUCCAGACAAGCAUCAUGGCCAGAGUCAUCCGUCGAGAAUGGAAAUAUCGAAAUGAAGGACGUGGAAGACGAUACACCGCUGAUCCUACCAUCCCACAGUACGCAGGCGGUGCAAAGCAACGCCGUUCCUCCUACCGGCACAAUGAAUGAUGACAACAACAAUAGUGGAGAUGAGGAGAUGGAAGACGCAACCGAUUACACUCAAACCCAACCUCAACAGGCGUUUGUUCCCAUAAUUCAACCACCGUCUGCUCCUAUGCCCCAGCCGUCAUCUACCCCAACGACCAGUUCUUGGUUCCGACCACCACAGCCGAGCUAUUCAGGAACCUCACAACCGUCCACCCCAUCAGUCUUGGCCCCCGCGACGCUCCCCAUGCCAGGGAUCUCGCAGCCACCCACACCCGCCGACCCAGAGCCCGAAACAACCCCCCAAGUCUCUCCCAUCCCCUCGCCCCCGUCUCCGGAAAGCCUCGGAUCCCCGCUAUCAUCGCUUCCAUCUGACUCCGACUCUGACGACAAUGACGACUCCAGCGACGACGCUGACCAGGACACGACACAAGCGUCCACGCAGGCAGCUCCCGCAAACGACGACGAGCGUGAAAGUGUGGCCAUGGAUUUGGACAGUAACCCGCGCAGCCCGGCGCCCUCCACAAAGUCACAAGCUAGCUCCGAGCAGGCCAGUGACGCCUCCAACGAUGAUUUGUCGGCGGAGCAAACCGCUUUCCUGGAGGCGGAACUCGGUCUCGAUCAAGCAGAUGACGCUGCCAAGACCGCGGUGGGCGCUGAUGCAGCGCAAACGGCGUCUGCGACUACGGCGCCGCAGCAAUCGUCGAGGCCGGGCGGUGUGACGAGUAUUUGGGCUUUGAGGAGGGCGAGGGAGACGCGGGGUAAGGGGGAAGAUAAGAAGGAAGAGACAGGGUUGAAGGGAACGGUGGAGUAUGAGGAGGACGUGGAAUGGUGAAGAAAGGUAGGGGCAAGGGAGAGAAAUGAGUCUUGCGUGAUGCUUAGUCUAGUGUUUUCGUGUGUUGAUCUGCAAAGUUUUAGCGUCUACAAAACGACUCGAGGGACAGACACUAUGAGGCUGAAGUGGA